ACUGCGUACACGUUACAACUAACAACACGGUGUCGAACACGUAGCAAAAUACGCAACCAGCCGGUCGCUGACAAGGGCGAGCUUCCUACUAGGUACUUAAGUAGGACGAGGUAGUACUUAUAGUGCUGUCGCACAUCGCACAUCGCACAACCCCAGGGCCUCGAGAUCCCCCAUGGCGCCAAUACCCCGUCAAGAAGUCCUCCAGCGACUUCGGCACGUCAUUUCCACCGGUCGCCCCGUAGUAGGCGCGGGCGCGGGCAUCGGGCUGUCGGCCAAGUUCGUCGAGGCGGGCGGGGCCGACCUCAUCAUCAUCUACAACUCGGGGCGCUUCCGGAUGGCGGGACGCGGGUCGCUGGCCGGGCUGAUGCCGUACGGCGACGCGAACGCGAUCGUGGUGGACAUGGCGCGGGAGGUGCUGCCGGUGGUGCGCGACACGCCGGUGUUGGCGGGCGUGUGCGGUACCGACCCGUUCCGCGACAUGCGGCAGUUCCUGGGCCAGCUGCGCGCGCUGGGCUUCAGCGGCGUCCAGAACUUCCCGACCGUCGGGCUCGUCGACGGCGUCUUCCGCGCGAACCUCGAGGAGACCGGCAUGGGCUACGGCCUCGAGGUCGACAUGAUCCGCCUCGCCUCCGAGAUGGGCCUCGUCACGUCGCCCUACGUCUUUGACGUCGACCAGGCCGUACGCAUGGCCGACGCCGGCGCUGACAUCGUCGUCGCUCACAUGGGUCUCACCGCGAGCCAGGGCAUCGGCGCGAAGACGGACAAGACCCUCGACGAGUGCGUGAGCCUGAUCCAGGACAUCCGAGACGCCGCCGUCAAGGCCCGGGGGGACGUGAUCGUCUUGUGCCACGGCGGGCCCAUCGCCGAGGUCGGCGACGCCGAGUACGUCCUCUCGCGAACGAAGGGCGUGCACGGGUUCUUCGGAGCGAGCAGCAUGGAGCGCAUCCCGGUCGAGACCGCCAUAGCGGAGAACAUGAAGAAGUUUAAGGAUAUUCGUAUCCCGUGAUAUACUGGGGUCAGACACACCGCGUUGUGGAGGAUAGGAAUGGGGAGUCGUUCUCGACGACUAGGGAGUCUUCUAGCAUCGCGCUUCUCCCGAGGAACUCGAUUACAUACAUAGGCCGAGGGCACAAUUCGAGACUUCGUCGGCUCCUUGAUCAAACUGCGCUAGGUUCAAGAAUAAUAUGCGACGCGCCCGUCGGAACUCAGCAGUACUGCAUCGUCAGCGAGUUCGUCAAAUAGACCAAGCGCAUAGACAAGCAAUCAGGACACAGCAAUUCCAAGGUAGACACGCAUUCCGUGCUUGAUCACACUUCGUAAUGUCGUA